AUGCUUAGCAGCUCUGUCGAGGCGGUGGAUGAGGAGACGCUGCACGCCCUUCUCAUGCACCUUGGAGACGUACCCAGCGGCGCCAUAGCGGCAGCAGCGCAAGCGGCGCCAAACGCACCUGCCAAGCUGGAGACUACUUCCUCGCCUGCCUUCCUGUCGGGUACCUUUUCUGGCCUGGCAAACGAAUGCGGCAAAGGUGACGCCAACGCCGACGACGACAUUCCCGAGUACGCGCUCCCCGAUGCGCAGUACAUUGAGCGCACGAUGCUCCCCCUGCUGCUGCGUGGGUUGGAGGUGGUCGCGCAGGUUCGCCCGCCUGACCCCCUCGCCUUCCUUGGCGCGUACAUGAUCUGCAACAACCCACAGAAGCCGCCAGCCGAGAAUAGUUCCUCAGCUUCGGCGAAAGGACUUGAGAAGGUGCUCCCCACUAGGGGAGGUGCACCUGUCGAUGACACCGCUCCUCCUGCGCUUGAAGAGGUGGUGACGCAGGCCAUGAGCCGUUUUACCACCUCCAAGAGCGACACCAGCGCCACCCCGAAGCCCACCGUGGCUGUCGGCCGUGCUGCCUCAGCGGGGACGAAGAACGCCUAG